UUCUGAACAGAGUUUUGAACAGGCCGAUUCAAGAAUGGGUUGGGCGAUCGCUUUGCACGGCGGAGCUGGCGACAUACCACGCAACUUACCUUCAGAUCGUCGUCAACCUAGAGAAGAUACUCUCCGCCGUUGCUUAGAGAUCGGAAUCGCUGCUCUUAGUACUCACCAAUCUGCUUUGGAUGUUGUUGAACUCGUCGUUCGUGAACUAGAAAACUGUCCUAACUUCAAUGCUGGUAGAGGUUCUGUCCUUACAAGUGAUGGAACGGUGGAAAUGGAAGCUUGCAUUAUGGAUGGGAAUACGAAGAAAUGUGGAGCUGUUUCUGGACUCACUACUGUUGUUAAUCCCAUAUCUCUAGCUAAAUUGGUUAUGGAGAAAACUCCCCACAUAUAUCUUGCAUUUGAUGGUGCAGAAGCAUUUGCAAGAGCACAAGGAGUUCCGACUAAAGACUACAACCAUUUCAUCACCACGGAAAAUAUUGAGAGACUAAAACAAGCCAAAGAGGCCAACGCUGUCCAGGUGGAUUACACACAGCCUGUUCCUACACAACUCGCGAAAGACAAAGACAAUGUUGUAGCAUUCAGUGAUGGGGAUAGCCAAACAGGAACAGUUGGAUGUGUGGCCAUCGAUAGCCUUGGAAAUCUAGCAACUGCAACUUCAACUGGCGGAUUAGUGAACAAAAUGGUAGGGAGAAUUGGCGACACACCAAUUAUAGGUGCUGGGACUUACGCGAAUAAUAUGUGUGCAGUCUCAGCUACUGGCAAAGGGGAGUCGAUAAUUCGAGCAACUGUUGCAAGAGAUGUAGCUGCUCUAAUGGAGUAUAAAGGACUAUCUCUAAAGGAAGCAGCUGCUUUUGUUGUUGAAGAGUCUACACCAAAAGGUACUGUCGGGUUGGUUGCGGUUUCGGCUCGAGGGGAAGUGGUUAUGGAGUUUAACACAACCGGUAUGUUUAGAGCUUGUGCUAAUGAAGAUGGGUUUUCUGAAAUUGGAAUCUGGUAGUAGUUUUUGGUUUUUUAUAACUUGUAAGAUUGAAAUGUAUUAUUUGAAUUGUUCUUAUUGUUUGUCUCAUUUAGAAAGACCUGAAUACAAAACGUAUAAAUUAGAAGUGUUUUUAAAUGGAAUUAUUACAAUCUUUGGUGAAACAAGAUUUAUGCUGUA